AAGGUGCCGCUCCAAGAUUUAACCACUGCACUUUCCAGCCCUUUUGGGCAGUGCAGGGACUCGGCUCCCGUUCUGAGUUGCCUUUUUUCUCCCGAAUAAAAUCUCUUCCUAUACCCAAUUGCCGUUGGGAUGGCUAUGAGCUUCUCUUGCUCUGCUUCAAUUACCCCACAGCAGCAACUCCAAGCUCCACACAAAAUCAGCAGCAGAAACAACAAAUGCCUUCAGAAAGUGAAAGACCUCGUGAAAACAGUUGGGAUUCCUUCCAUCGCGACCCCACCACCCGUAUCCCUCCAAAGAGGCAACUGGGUCAAGCUCAUAUGUGGUGCCAGCUUCGAGGAUGCCGUUGAUAUCCGGAAUCUUUCACUGGUUUACACUCUGGCUGGAGUUGAUUGCAUUGAUUGUGCGGCUGAUGCGUCAGUGGUGAGUGCGGUGAAUGAAGGGAUUGAAGCAGCUAAAGAGAUUGUACCCCUACGGAGGCCCUGGGUUAUGAUCAGUGUAAAUGAUGAUGAAGAUCUUCACUUCCGCAAAGCAGAAUUUGAUCCAAACGAUUGCCCGUUGGAUUGUUCUAGACCUUGUGAGAUUGUUUGUCCUGCUAAUGCAAUAUCACUGGAAGGUGCAGCUGGUAUACUUAAGGGUGGAGUAAUAACUGAACGUUGUUAUGGCUGUGGUCGCUGCCUACCAGUUUGUCCAUACGACAAAAUAAGAGCUAUAACAUAUAUAAGAGAUGUUUCCGCUACGGCUGAGCUUCUUAGAAGAGAUGAUGUUGAUGCUAUAGAGAUACAUACAAGUGGAAGGAAAACUGAGCCCUUCAAAGAACUGUGGACUGGUUUAGGAGAUUCAAUGGGAUAUGUAAAGGUUGUAGCCAUUAGCAUGCCUCAUAUUGGGGAUUCAACCAUAUCGUCAAUGAACAUGCUGUAUUCGAUUAUGCAACCCAAUCUACACUGCUCCAAUUUAUGGCAGUUGGAUGGUCGGCCCAUGAGUGGAGAUAUUGGGCGAGGUGCCACAAGGGAAGCGAUUUCUUUCGCUGUUCGCUUGGCUUCUGAUAAGGAUCGACCCCUUGGUUUUCUUCAAUUGGCGGGUGGUACUAAUGCUCACACGGUUGAUGGGCUGAAAAGAGAGGGACUCUUCCAAGUUGCAACCCUUACUAAGGAAGGACCAAUACCCAUGAACUCAUCUAGUUCACGGCAUGCUUUAAUCGGUGGAGUAGCCUAUGGUGGGUAUGCAAGGAAGAUAGUCGGACGAAUACUAACUUCAAUGGAAUCCCAAAAUGGACUUGCUCUAAUUGAGGACCAUCCCGAGUAUCUUCUUAUGGCACUAACAGAAGCCCUUGCUUUGGUUGGAACUGUCAAAUGCUAUGAUACCAAUCUGUAUGCUUCUUAGCCCAUCCGCUAUUGAAUGGUGAAUAGUUCUUUUGGAGUAUUUCUGUAAAUUUGUGGGGUUUUUUUUUUCCCCUUCUUUUCCAUGCCCUACGUUUCUGUGUGGGCAAUUCAUUAAUAGCAUGGGAUGGAAGACAUGAUGGCUCUUGUUUCUGAAGUUCCAUUUUUGUUC